CAUCAACAUUUUUAAUUUUUUAUCACUAAAAAUUUGGAAUUUUUUGCAAAUUUUGCGUUGAAUUUACCCCAAAAUUAAAGCAAAAUAUAAAUGAAAGUUCUCUUUGAUUGAUUGUUUGAGGUGAAGUUGCAUUGCUGCUUGUCGUACUAAGUACUCGAGUGCUUCUUUCACCAAGUAUUGAACUUCGUUCUUCGUUCUUAUCAUUGAAGUGUUGAUCUGAUCCUACUACAGAUUCUACAAUAAUUUGAAAAAAAUUGAUUUUAUUCAAGAUUUAAGAACGGUUUACUUUAAAUUUUGAGGUAUUGAACUUCGCUCGACUUGAGAAAAACAUGUCCCCACUCCAGAAUAUAUGAAACUUCGUAUUCCUUCGUUAUUUCGAGCUUUCGGGACUUUUUCAAAAACUAGUUCGCCUAGUUCGUGUUUUCAACUCAGAUAUUACCAAAUUCGAGGAAAAACCAUGUCUUGCAACGGUGAUCCAUCUCCACCCAAACGUAUGAAAGGAGUUUAUUCAAUGGGUCCCAAAACCUUGGACGUUCCUAUGGAAUUAUUCCAGCUGAAUCGUAAACGAUUAUGUGACAGUUUAACGAGCGAAGGUAUCGACGAAAACGUCCUGGUGUUUCUUCAAGGAGGAGAUAGCCAACCAUUCUACGACACAGACAUCGAGUACAAUGUAUUCCGUCAAGAACCUUUUUUCUUCUGGACAUUCGGCGUUACAGAUCCGGGAUGUUACGGAGCCAUCCACUUGCCCACCAGAUCAGCGUAUUUAUUUGUUCCUCGAGAAUCCGAAGAGGCUAUCUUAUGGCUGGGAAAAUUACCCACCCUUCAGGGCUACAAAGAGAAAUACGAAGUAGAAAACGUUCAUUUUAUCGACGAAAUGGUUUCUGUGAUGAAACCUUUGUCAACUACAUUGCUGACGUUAAACGGAGUAAAUUCUGAUAGCGGUUUACGUAGUAAAGAAGUAUGUUUCGAUGGUAUCGAGCAGUUCAAAGUGAACAAAGAUACGCUUUACGAGCACAUAACCGAAUGUCGUGUAAUCAAGACCGAACUGGAAAAAGAAGUAAUGCGUUACGUCGCUCGUAUUUCUUCCGAAGCUCACAAAACGCUGAUGAGGAAAGCGAAACCUGGUAUAAUGGAAUACCAAUGCGAAUCGAUAUUCACCCAUUACACUUAUCACGUCGGUGGAUGCAGACAUGUCGCAUACACGUGUAUUUGCGCUUCGGGCGAUAACGGUUCCGUUUUACAUUACGGGCACGCUAGUAAACCGAAUGAUAAAAUCAUCAACGAUGGCGAAAUGUGUACGUUCGAUAUGGGUUCUGUGUAUUGCGGUUACAGCGCCGAUAUCACCGUUAGUUUCCCGGUCAAUGGGAAAUUCACCGAAGACCAGAAAAGUAUUUAUAAUGCUGUCCUCGAGGCGAAUUUAGCUGUACAGAAGGCGGCGAAACCGGGUGUAUCGUGGCGUGAUAUGCAUCUGCUGUCUUAUAAAGUGAUGCUGACUAAUUUAAAGAAAAUUGGUAUUUUGAAAGGAGAUGUAGAUGAAAUGAUCGAAGCUGGUAUCGGAGCUGUUUUCCAACCUCAUGGGUUAGGUCAUUUAUUAGGACUGGAUGUGCACGAUGUCGGUGGAUACAUCAAAGGAACUCCUAAACGACCAACGGAGCCAGGAUUUCGGUGCUUGAGAACUGCGCGAAAUUUAGAAGCGGGAAUGGCGUUGACUAUAGAGCCUGGGUGUUAUUUUAUAGAGUCUGUGUUAGAUAAAGCUCUGAAAGAUCCGGUUCAAAGUCGGUAUUUUGACGCGGAGGUUUUGAAACGAUUUAGAGGAUUUGGAGGUGUGAGAAUUGAAGAUGAUGUUUUUGUUACGGAAAAUGGUAUCGAGAAUUAUACUCAGGUGCCGAGAACUGUUGAAGAAAUCGAAGACUGGAUGAGUAAAAAAGAUGAUUCGUUUGGAUUGAAUGGUGUGUAAUUGUUUCAUCUAUUAUCGGAUUUAUGAGUCGAGUUUCGUGCAAUGUGAUAUAAUAUGUUCUAUAUUGUAACCAUUUUUUUUUACCACUAAGCUAAUAAUGAAGUUUUACUAUUUUACUUAGUUCAUUUUUUAUUGUGUAAAUUAUUCAUGAAAAUACAUCAAUCUAGAAUAAUUUAUAAA